AUGCCAAUUCAGAUUUUUGCGACAUACGCAAAACCACCGCUCGGCGAUCUCCGCUUCCGCCCUCCGGUUCUGACGACGUCGCUGACCGGAACCACGCUCGAUGCCGCGCAAUUCGGGGCGUCGUGCAUCCAGGGCGCAAGCGUAAACCUCCCCGGUAAUCUCCCCAGCGGCUCCCCGGUGUCCGAGGAUUGUUUGACGAUCAAUAUUCUCCGCCCUGCCGGUGUCAAUUCCACCUCAAAACUCCCUGUGCUCCAAGCGCCAAUUCAAUCGAGCACACAUCUUUACAGAUACGGCGGUGGAUUCAUUACCGGUGCCUCCGUGCUUUACAACGGCAGCGCCAUCGUUGAGCAAAGCGUAAUUCGAGGCACACCUGUCAUCUUCGUCAACUUCAACUACCGCCUCGGACCUUUCGGCUUCCCCCAAGGCCAGGAGGCGGCGGAUCAGGGAGCGCUGAACCUCGGCAUCAAAGACCAGAUCGCUGCGCUCGAGUGGGUGCAGAAAAACAUCGGCAAGUUCGGCGGUGACGAACGCAAAGUCCUCGCGUUUGGAGAAAGCGCGGGAAGCAUCCUCACGUCGAUCUUGUUCUUGAACAAUCGGGUCGAUAAAUUGGCGCGUGCCGCGAUUUUCGAGUCCGGAUCGCAAGCCACAGUGGCGAUUUUUCCCGCGGCGCGCCGGGAGAAUCUCUGGACCAACUUUGUGGGGAGUGUCCCCUCCUGUGCCUCCCUCGCGGGCACACAUUCGACGUUCUCGUGCCUACGGAACGCCACCACUCAGGAGCUCAGCAGCGGCUUUAACACUGCCUUAGCAGAAUCCGCCGAACCCUUUCCGUGGGACCCAGUUAUCGACGGUCCCCAGGGCUUGAUCCCCGAUCUGCCAUCGCGGCUGCUGGCGCAGGGCAACUUCUCGCGGAUUCCUUUCAUUGCUGGGACCAACCUGGACGAGGGAACUCUGUUUACCUCGCAGUCGCUCAACUCCACUGCCGCGGUCAACGCAUCAUUGAUCCCGGAACGCUUGCCGUCGGUCUCCCCUGCGGUUCUCCAAAGUUCCGUUACAGAACUCCUGGAACUCUACCCGGAUGUUCCUGCCCUUGGAUCACCAUUCGGGACAGGAAACAACACCUUCGGUCUGAGUAGCCAAUUCAAGCGCGCUGCAGCUAUCGAUGGAGAUCUAGAUUUCCACUCCCAGCGGCGACUGUGGAUCGAAGCGGCAGCUAGUGCCGGUGUAAAGACUUUCGGGUAUCUGUUCACCCAGCCACAGCCAGACGGCCUGCCUCAGCUCGGCGUUUCGCACGGAUCCGAGAUCGUCUACGUGUUCGGCGCGCCUGUGGACACGUCGCCCUCAUCGGUGGCCAUAAGCCGCAUCAUGAUCGACUACUGGGUCUCGUUCGCGACGAGUCUGACCCCGAACGACGGGCUCGGCACCCCGCGCGCGGAGUGGACGCCGUUCACGCCGACAUCAAAAUCGCUCAUCCAGCUCAACGGGGCAAAUCUGACGAUGAUUCCUGACACCUAUCGCGAGGAGCAAAUCUCCUUUAUCAACUCGAACCCAGUGAUAUGGCGUCACUGAGCCGUUUAUUGUCGUCUUCAUCUGUAGUCAAGUCAAUCCAUAUAUGUUGCUUUGGUGCUUUAGUGAAGCUCGAGGAACUCAAAGCUGGUUCAAUACAUCGUCGGUUCUAAGUCACGGCGGAUUGGCUGUGCAUCUGUAUGUAUGGUAGAUCUUCUCUUUCUCUAUCUUCUUACUUUUUAGUCCAUUCUUACAUCCACCUGGCC